AUGCCAGUCUUCGCCAGUCCCCACCCCCCGGUGAACAACGCCAUCAUCCCUCCCGGGGCAGUCAUCUCGCCACCGGAGUCCGGUCCCAACUCAAGCGAUGAAGAAUCCUCAUUUUCACAUGGUCAGGGUCUGAGAAUGGAGGAGCUGGAGGCCGCUGUGCGGUCAAUUCAAUUAAAGAGGGAAAGCUCACCGGAGCGGAUGGGUCCAGAAGAGCUGGGAAAGGCUCCGUCCUCGACCUCGUCGUCUGCGACUACCACUGCCACUACCACCCCGGACUCCAAGCCUACCCGGCCUAAGCUUCCCCACUUGCCAUUGUCCAAGGAAGCUCGCAAGAUUGCUCACUCUCGAUCAUCCACCGAAACCGCCAUCGAUUUCGCCCGUGAAGAGGCGUUGACUAGCUCGCCGGACGACAGCGAUGUUGAAAUGACCGUAAAGCCUCCAAUGGUCCGUAAGAAGUCAGGUGAGCUUGUUCGUCCGGCUCUUCGUCCUCCAUCGGCGCGAAGACGCCCUUCGAGUAUGCCCGGCACGCCGGUGUACGCAAAGGCUGUGCACUUUGAUGCCCACUUGGAACACAUUAGACACUUUUUGCAGCUCGAUCGCCCGUUAGCAGUGAGCGCAGAAACCUCCCCUGUUGAUAGCCAUGACAGCAAAGCCGAAUUCCCCUUCGGUUCUGACUCGCGUCCUUCGUGGGAGUGGGAGAUCAAGCUCGCCAAUUGGCCCAAAGACCUGUCUUCUCGUGCAAACAACCCUGUUCGCCUCGAGCGCUUGUUUUUGUCGGCUGAUAAGACCACUUUGAUUGGCACAGUGGCCGUGGCAAACCUCGCUUUCCAGAAGUUCGUGACUGCUCGGUUCACUUUGGAUUAUUGGAGGACUACCUCGGAAGUUGGCGCAGCGUAUUGCCAUGACGUGCGCAGACAGCAAGCCGCGGAUGGAUUUGAUCGCUUUACUUUUGAUCUGAAGUUGAAUGAUCAGGCGAACUUGGAAACCAAGACCAUGUUCAUGUGCAUCCGUUAUAAUGUUGACGGCCAAGAAUACUGGGAUAACAACGACUCAGUGAACUACCAAGUCGAUUUCCACAAAGUUCCCAAGGCCCCCACGCACAAGCCUGCCAGCGGUGGUUCUCGCCCUGCUCUCCCGCGCAGCCGCUCCUUCACUAGCACCCACACCAUUCAACCGCAGGCGUCUCCUAAUUAUGACUUCCCUGACCUUGGCAAGAAACCAUCGUUCGCAAACCCUUUCAACGGUUCCAACGGUGCGCCCUUGGCCCGGACUCCCUCGGAUGAGAUUGAUACGGUCGCCCCGCCGAAGCGCCGCGAGAACUCCAACCGCCAGGCAUUCGGGAAUCGGUACGAUUUCGGAGCGUCAUUGACUGCAGCCAUGCAGUCGAAGGCGCCCGUGGACCGGACCACCCUGACUGCCCGUGCGAAGAACGGAGAAUCCGCCCAGCCGACAGCGAAGCCUAUCAAGAAGACUGCGAGCUUUGGAGGACCUGGUCCUGCAGUGAGCGAUAAUUCCCGCCCUGCGGGUCGUGCGGAAGAUCUGAAGCCUUCCUCUUUGGUAUCUAGCAAGCCACGCCUCGAGUCCACCGUGUACCAGGAGCUGGUCGAUAAGUACUGCUUUUAUGGAUCGCCGCAAGGCACCAACCUGAAAGCACCGGCCACGACCGCAACCACUCGGGGAGGCGAGGCCCCUAAGCACGUCUCUGUGCCAGCUUGCCCCUCCCCUCCUCUGUCUCCGCGAUCCCCCGCUCCCCUCAAGGCCCCCGAGACCGAGACAUCUCGUUCCACUAGCCCCCGCGCCUCCCCGCGGCCUUCCUCUUCUCCUAUGGGGUUUCACUAUAACUUCAACCGCGGUUUUAUGAAUGACCCUCACACAUCAACCGUCAUCAGAGGGUGA